AUGAUUGGAUUGAAAAAGAUUACUUCAAUAAAAGAGGCAAAUAAUAUGUUUGCAAAAAAUAUUAAUCCACGAAAGACAGAUCUACUUGUUAUAUGUUUAUUAGACGGAUUGGAAAUAAUGAAUACUGAAGUCUCAGAAUCUCCCUUUAAAGUCAUACGAGAACACACAGUCAGAGAUGCUAAAAAGUUGCUUAUGAUGUCU